AUGAAUGUAAUUGAUGAAUUAAGAAAAACCAGGUUCCCAGAAAAAUUCUAAGAAUUAGUAUUAAAAAAGAGAAGAGCUCAAACAAAUUUAAAUGAAUAUGAAACUAGAAAGCAAAGUAUUGGAUGAUAAUAUAAAGGACAAUAAACAUAUGUUCCUUAAGCCAAUAAAGAGUAGAUUUGCACAUUAUGCCAAUCUAUUUAUGUAGAUUAUGUAACAACAAUUUGUGAUCACAGCUUUUGUUAAAAAUGUUUGCUUGAAAAUUUGCAUAAAUCUAGAGUAGAUCAAUUUAAGUAUCAAUAGAAAUAAUGUCCUACUUGCAAAAAAGAGUUCAAAGGUGAUUUUGCUUUUCCUUGUCUUUCGAUUGAUCAUUGGAUUGGGAUUACUCAAACGAGCAACAUGGAUUAUACACUUAAAUUGAAAUAGAUUGCAUUGUGGAAGGAGUAAGGAAAAGUCAAAGAAUUUACAGUUGGGAUGAAAUUGGAUAUUUUGAAUAUUGCUUUUAUUUGGUGUGAAGGGGAAGUCAAAGAAAUCAGAUAUGGAAAGGAUGGUUAGCCUAAAGAGGUGUUGAUCCAUUACUUUGAGUUCGAUACAGCUUAUGAUGAAUUUAUAGAUGUCGACAGUUUCAGAUUGGCUCUUUACGGAACUAUCACUAAUCAAAAGAGUACUUGACUAUAUGAAUCUAGAUGCAAUACAAUACUAAUAAUCCAGAGUAGAGAAAUUUCAAAGCCACUUUAUUUUUAGUUAGAAUCGCGCUUUAUUGUCUAGGGCUAAUCUAUCAUUAAUGAGAUUGGCAAGCUUAAUUACUUCUUUGAGAUAAAAUCGCUUAAAUAAUUAAAAUUGA